AUGGAAGCAACGGAGGAUCCAGAGCAGGAUAAACAAGUGGCGAUUAUUAUAUUCGUUAUGGCAAUAGCUGGGAUGUGUGUGAAUCUGUUCGUGCUGAUAUUCAUCCAGCAGAUCGACUCGAUCCGAAAGCCGUUCGUACAGACGAGUGUAUCGCAGAUGAUCGCUGAUUUCACGGUGCUGUUCACAUUCGCUGCUUAUGCGGCACCGAGGACGUUCUUGUGA